CAGAAUGGUAAUUGAUGGGCGUCAAUGUCACUGAGCUAAAUGCGGAUGAUAUAAAACGGAUGAUCUGACUCGUAGUAAGUAUCAGUCAUUCGUCUGUCUUCAGUCUCUAUCGUUUAACAGAGAAAAUUAAGUAGCUCACAAUCAAAAUCACCAUGCAAUUCCAAGUGACUUUCGCAGUACUCGCCGCGGUCAUGUGCUUCACUGCUGCCGCCCCAGCAACCGAAGAAGUCAAAUCGUCGCCUUCCACAUCUGCCCAAUCUGCCGUUUCCGGUACCGAUCGUGGCAAACGGUUCGUGGCCGUCGCUGCACCUUACGUAGCCGCCACACCGUACGCCGCCGCUGCACCUUACGUGGCCGCCGCACCGGUGGCCGCCACACCUUACGUGGCAGCUGCGCCCUACGCCGCCGCCCCUUACGUAGCCGCUCCAUACGCUGCCGCCCCGUACGCAGUUGCUUCCCCGUACGCCGCCCCUUACGUCUCGUCGUACACCACUUACCCAUACGUAGCCAAGACCCUGGCUUCCCCGUACGCUUACUUCCGAUGAACGGCCUCAUUUCACUCUUCUCUACCCACAUCUAUAACCAGGAAACAAGGGCGACGACACGUCACUACGUGAUGAUGUAACGUGCAGCUCCCUUCGAGUUACUUAUAUAUUCUCAAUUAAAUAACUUAAUAAAAAUAAAAAUUGUUUAACUCUGAUUGAAAUGUAUUCGAAAAUAUGAAAAUAUGUAUUGUUGAAUAUAUAUGAUAUGUAAAUAAAAACUUAAUUUUUCUUAUUGA